ACUUGUUUUAUACUAAACCAUAAAGUAAUUAAUUAAAACAAUGUCGGUCCAAACUAACAGCAUAUACAAAUACAUGCAUUAUAUAUGUUCAAUUUAAUGUUCAUCACAUCUAAUCCCAUCAACUUGAUCAUCAAAAGAAUCAAGAACUAAUGGCCAGCAUAUUGUUCUAUUGUGCUCUCUUCUUGCUCUUCUUUUCAUUCUCCUUACAACAGUCAAAUGCAGACUAUAAUGUUAUAAGGUUUGGAGCAAAACCGGACGGCAAGACUGAUUCAACUGAAGCAUUUGUCAGGGCAUGGUCAUCUGCAUGUAGGUCAACAGGGCCGGCCACAGUGUCCGUUCCAAGGGGAGGUUUCUUGAUAAAACCAAUAGUGUUUAGUGGUCCAUGCAAGAACGAGAUUUUGUUUCGGAUUGAUGGGAAAAUUGUAGCACCAGCGGAUUACUGGUCCUUUGGGAAAUCUGGGUUUUGGAUAUUGUUUUAUAAGGUCAGUAGGGUUACUAUCCAUGGCGGUACUAUUGAUGCUAAGGGUGCUGGCUUUUGGGCUUGCAGGAAAGCUGGAAUGGUUUGUCCUCCUGGAGCUAGGUCCAUGUCAUUUCUGGGUUCGAAUGACAUUGUAGUAAGUGGAUUAACAUCGAUCAACAGCCAGAUGUUUCACAUUUCUGUAGACCAAAGCCAUAAUAUUAUUCUUCAGAAUCUAAAUAUUUUGGCACCCAGUCUGAGUCCCAACACUGAUGGAGUCCAUGUGCAAUCUUCCACUGGAAUCACCAUCCGAAACAGCACCAUUAGGACUGGUGAUGACUGCAUUUCUUUAGGUCCAGGCUCAAAGAACAUCUGGAUUCAAACCAUUGCCUGUGGCCCUGGACAUGGAAUCAGUAUUGGCAGUCUAGCUGAAGACACAAAUGAAGAUGGUGUAGAAAAUGUGACAGUAACAGGAGCGAUUUUCACAGCCACUCAAAAUGGAGUUAGGAUCAAAUCAUGGGGAAGACCCACCACCGGUUAUGCUAAAAACAUUGUUUUCCAGAACAUCAUCAUGAAAAAUGCUUAUAACCCUAUCAUUAUCGAUCAAAAAUACUGCCCUAGUGGCCAUGGUUGUCCUAAUCAGGAUUCAGGAGUGAAGAUAAGUGGAGUGGCAUACAAGAACAUAAACGGAACAUCGGCCUCGAAAGUAGCAAUCAAUUUUGUAUGCAGUUCAAGCACUCCUUGUAAAGGACUCAAAUUGCAGAACAUAGAGCUAACAUAUUUAAGUAAAGGUGCUGCAAUGUCUUCUUGUAAUAAUGCAAAUGGAAGCACUUCAGGACUUGUCAUUCCCCGAAGUUGUUUCUAAUGUAUAUAUAUUUUACUGCUUGAACGGUUUUUUUUAUUGAAACUAAAGCUAGGAGAUGUAUAUAUGUUAAA